ACGUGACCCACCCAUAACGUAUUGACAACCUCCAUGCAUCGCUCUGCACAGAACACAGAUCAUCUAGAAGAGGAAGUAAGAGGGAACGGCAUAGAAAUGGGUCGCCAACUCUUCCUUAUUCUGACCAUCACGCUGGCGCUUGGCGCCUCACAGGCCAAACUUGAGCUCAACACUGAUCCCUCCCCGGUGGUCGUGAAAGCUGGAGAAACUGUAAAUCUUAAAUGUCUGCUAAAGGUGGAGAAGAUGCCAUUGGACAUGAAACGAUUAAUGGUGCAGUGGUACAAUCGUGGCAAGUUAGUGGCUGAGUAUGAUGAAAAACUGACCAUUAACAAGCCAGAGGUGUCUAUGUCUAUAGAUGCUCUGACUAAGGGAGAUGCCACUCUCACCAUUACCAAACCCACCCAUGAGCAUUCUGGGAACUAUCGUUGCUAUGUCUACUAUGCUACAGAUCAAGUGAUGAAGCAGAUUACUCUGCAGGUUGAUGAUCCCAAUAAGCCGAAGGAAGAAGAUAUUGAUCUGGGAAUUUCAGAUACAAUCAUUAAAUCAAAAGUGGAUAAAAUUAUAGAUUUGUUCAGCACUUUUGAUCGAAAACUGGAUGUAUUGAUCCGAGAUUCCAAAAAAUGCAGCCCCAAAAAGUAACAGAUUCCAACCAUACUCCUAUUGCUUUAAGUGUCAUAUCAAAAAAAUGUGACUAAACCUUUAAUCGGUCGCUCUCUGCCAUACGCCUGUCCGCUCAUUUAAACCGUUUUAGCUACCUAUACAUGAAGUAUAUGAAAGUAAAAAUUAGUUUGUAUACAGAUAGAGUUUUUUAAUUAGAUAUUAGACAUGUGCUUGCUGACGUUUCUGAUGCCUCCAAAUGCUAGCGGCAUUUUGCUCUUUUCUAAGCCCAAUUUCUUCUUGCAAAAGUGCAACACAUUAAAGGGACACUAAACCCAAUUUUUUUUCUUCCGUGAAUCAGAUAGAGCAGCAAUUUUAAGCAAACUUCCUAAUUUACUCCUAUUUUCAAUAUUUCGUAAUUCUCUUGGUAUCUUUAUUUGAAAAAGCAGGAAUGUAAGCUAACAAGCCGGCCCAUUUUCGGUUCAGCACCUGGGUAGAGUUUGCUGAUUGGUGGCUACAUUUAGCUACCAAUCAGCAAGCUCUACCCACCCAGGUACUGAACCAUAAGUGGGCUUGCUACUAAGCUUAAAUUCCUGCUUUUCCAAAUAAAGAUACCAAGAGAAUGAAGAAAAAUUGAUAGUAGGAGUAAAUUCAAAGGUUGCUUACAAUUGCUACUCUAUCUGAAUCAUGAAAGAAAAAAAAAAUUGGGUUUAGUGCCAGUGGGAGCCCCCAGAUUGACCUCAAGGUGGGUGAGUGCUAGCGACGGCUCUGAGCCGUCGUCAGCACCUGACUGGGACAAUUUGCGACGGCUCAGAGCCGUUGUUAGCACUCAAGGGGUUAAGAUCUGGAUUUGCACAGUUCUGAGUACAUUGCACUUUCGCAAGAAUAAAUUCAGCUCCAAAAAGAGCCAAAUGCCACUAGCGGACACCUUCUUCUGCAUUCGGAGUAAACCUCAGAUGAACGUCUAUUAGUUAUAUUAAGUUGCACUAGAGAAUUUUACCAUUAUGUUAGACCCUAAUUCCACAAUCCUUUAUCACUUUUGUUAAUGCAGUAACACAUUUGUAAUAUUUGGGAGUUUUAUAAGUUUUGUCUGAAUAAAAUAAAUAAAUAAACAAA